AUGUUUCGAAUAAUUGCGUUCUGCGUUUUACUUGCUGGAUGCACAGCAUCUCCUGCAAUACCAAGAAUUGUAAAUGGAACUUUUGCUCAACCUGGAGAAAUUCCAUAUAUUGUUUCUCUUAGUUUCUACGGAACACAUUCGUGUGGCGGCUCUAUUUUGGAUUCAACACAUAUUUUGACUGCAGCUCAUUGUAUUGAAUCACGUCCUCCGAGUGUCUUCACCAUUGAAUAUGGUGAUUUAAGAUUGAUCAGUGCUUCACAGCAUAUUAUUAGAGUUAAAGAAAUAUACAUGCACCCUGGUUACGAUCCAUCCAAGAAUCAUAUCAACGAUGUUGCUGUGCUGACUUUGAAUUCCGAAAUUCCUUUCGAUGAAAACGCUCAACCUGUUACCCUUCCUGAGCAGUCCAGCAGCACUCCAGGAAAUCAAAACGCAGUGUUGGCCGGUUGGGGACUUACCUCGAGUCAUAGUGUUUAUACGGAAUCUUUGAUGCGUGUUGACAUUAUAUGCUAUUCGGACGAUGAUUGCGAAGCUGCCCACCAUGGAAAUACAAAUAGACAAUACCAUAUCUGCGCCGGCGUUCCUGAAGGCGGAAAAGGACAAUGCAGUGGAGAUUCUGGAGGUCCAUUGACCGUUGAUGGAGUUCAAAUUGGAGUCGUUUCAUGGUCUGUUAAGCCUUGUGCCAUCAAAGGUUACCCAGGAGUUUUUGCUCGCGUCGCUAAUUACGUUGAUUGGAUCAAACAGCAAAUGAAUCAUUGAUCAUUCUUAUGUUUUA